UAAAUCCACGCCUUCUGUCGCUCUCUCUGUGACAUCCUCUGAGGAUAUUUCAGGCCCUCCGUCGCCGCUUUCACCCAUUUCACCAUUCUGACUCACUGGACGUGUGGACUGCAGGCCCGGGAUCGCCGCCCAGUGCUAUUCUAGCGUAAGCUUUGUGAGCAACCUGACAAAUUUCGUACCGACCUAUUCUCUCUCGCUAUCAGACAAUGGAAACGGAAUACGACUAUCUGUUCAAGAUAGUCCUCAUUGGGGACGCGGGAGUCGGCAAAACCAGCAUUGUCCGGAGGUACACCGACGGAAUCUUCACCUCGGCAGGAAUCCCCACCAUAGGAGUCGAUUUUUGCAUCAAGACUCUCCAGAUUGGAAGCAGUGCUGUCAAACUCCAGAUAUGGGACACGGCUGGCCAGGAGAGGUUUAGAACCAUCACACAGAGCUACUACCGUAGUGCAGACGCCAUCGUCCUUGUCUACGACAUCGGGGCCUCCCUCACCUUCAGAAAUCUCCCCGAGUGGCUAGCCGAGGUGGAGCGCUACGCCGGGAACAGUGUUCACAGGAUUCUCAUUGGGAACAAGAGCGACCGGCCGGACCGCGAAAUCGAAAAUGUCAUGGGGAAACAGUUUGCAGACGAGAACGGCAUGCCCUUCCUAGAAACCUCGGCAAAGAACUCUGAAAACAUUGACGCCCUGUUCUUGCAGCUGGCCAAGACUCUGCGGGACACUCACGUGGACAAGAAGCUAAAAUCGCCCCACAGUGGCGUUGGGGGCGCGAGCGUAAAACCCAACACUGUAUCCCUAACAAAAACUGAGAAAAAAGCAGAGGCUGGUGGUGGCAGUGGUUGUUGCUAA